CGUGCGGGUAACAUCUCGGUGUCGUUAUUCUGCUCUUUAUCAUAUCGUGAUAACGCCGAAAUUACAAUAAAAACAACAGAAAAAGAAAUGAACCAAUAAAUUGCAAUUGAAUUAAAAAAAAAAAAAUUACGCAACAACAAAAAUUGUGGGCCACAAUUUUUGGAAUAUUUCACCUAAUGUAUACGAAUCGAGAAUUGUAUCGGUCGAUGUUUCAAUUAUUGUGUCGAUAUUACACAGUGCCAGUUGAAUUUUCUGACGUACGAGAAACGCGGAACGCUAUAUAACGUCGUUCUUGUUCACCCCGUAGAUAAUCCGGUUGAUUUUUUUCCCUUCUUUUUUUUUCAAUUAUUUAUUCAUUCGAAAGUCCAGUUUUUUUUUUUUUUUUUCUCGUGUAUAACGAUCGAGAGGCAUAUAGAAACGAGCAAAACUGUACAAACAUUCGACAAACACGAACCUGAAACAGGGUACAUGUGACAGUAAACAAAAAAAGCUCGUUUUCUUCGUUUGCUGAUCGAAAGAAACUGAAGAAAUAACAAAAUAGUUUGAAAAUAAAAAUGGCGACAAACUAGAGCGAUGGACAUUCGGCCAAUGAUUAGCUUCUUAGAUGUGCUUUCGUCGAUCUCUUUGUCGAGUGACGGUGUAGAUCGAUAAAAUAUGUCUAUAAGACCAAUAUCAGUGUGUACAGUGAAUUUUCUUACUCCAAAAUCAUCGUUUUAAUGAACAAUAAUUUUUAUAUUACUCUAUAACAAAUUUACGCGGGCCGCUGCCGCUGCUGCCGCCGCUGCACGUGCCGUGGAUGUAAAGUAAAAUUAAAAAUUUUCUCAAGUGCGGGAUAUAAUUAUUCGAACGCCACACGUAUUUCAAUGUGAAUUAGUGAGUUGAGCGGGAAAAUUUUUUUUUUCAGUAAUUUGCACGCAAAAUUGUUGUACAAUGUGUGAAAUAUUGAAGGACUUAUUUUUUAUCCGAGUGCAUAAUGAUCGUUGCUCCGAAUAGUAAUGGAAGAAAUUUCUUUCCCGUUUUUCUGAAUCAUCUAUACACAUCAUACGUAUACAUCAACUGAAUCAAUACACGGAUAUCAAAUCUCGUGUAAAAAUAACAUAUAUUGUGAAAUAAGUGCAUAUCACACGUAUAUUUAUAGGAAUCAAGAAUGAAAUUUUUCACUUCUUAAAACGAAUUGAAAAGACGAACGGAAAAUAAGAUACAUCGGCCACGUGAUCCAUAAUCGUACGAGACGAGAGAGGAGAGGAAGAAGAAAGGAUACAAAAAUUGAAAAAUAACUAGAUUUUUCUAUUUUCGGAUCAAAAAAAAAAAAGGAAAUAUAAAAAUACUCGAUUCUCAACAACCUAACACAUCGUCAAAAAUGCCAGUGCUGAUACUCCAAAUUUACCAUACGGAAAAACUGACCUCAAAACUUUAGGACACGAAAGUACGCCCUUAAAAUAAAGGGGAAAAAAUGUCGAUGACUGGGAGCUUGAUGGGUUACGAGAACAACAAUGAGGUGAAUCAGGCAAAAUGUGGUAAGAAACCGGGAUUGAGACCGCUUCCGGUCGUAUCGAGCGUCAAUUCCAGCGGCGUUACGACCGCCGGAAAACCAAGGAGGAGUCGAAAUCAUCAAAAUAAAAGAGAAUCCUGUUCGAGAGGCCAUGUGAACAGCCUUUGGUCCGUCUGGUACGGAAUCGGUGCUGUUGCUAUUCAGGCUUACAUUGCAACCAGAUGCGCGAGAAGAAUUUUCGCGUACCUUUCUCUUCCAUGGCCGGCGGAAGCUCCGCCGCCGAAAUUGGAGUUCCACGCUUGUCUGGUACUAGCAGCUACGGGGGUUCUUCUUCUUCCGUUUCUUCUAGCCGCCGCAUUUUUCAAACUUGGAAAUCUCGCUAAUGACGGUAUCAAACUAGGAAGACAUCUGAGCGCCUGUACGAGGGACCCGCCGUCCUCGCUUAUAAAUAACAAUCCCGAUAAUGGAUUAGCCAGCAAUCUUUGGCGACACGGUGGUCCAACUGCAGCUUUUUUACAUUUGUGCACAGCGAUGUGUUUUUUGCUACCAUCCCUACUGAUGGAAGCCAGAUUGAUUCACGCUGGAUUUCUUCCAAAGGAAGCCAUUUGGCGCACGGAUCUUGAUUGGGUAGUGAUCCACGAGGACCGUCUGGUGGUAUUGAGCUUUAUGAACCCGCCGGGGAAUUUGAGUACAAUAUCGGGAUUCAUAACUCCUCAACCUUACGUGACGUCGACUUUAUUCGACGAAGAUAUGGAGAACGUUGUCGCCUCGACUACGGAUAUCCCCAUUACGGACCAUCAGGACGAACGCUCGAAGGUCACGAAAAUCGGCAAACCAUCGCUGCUGGAUAUAAGGGAAUAUUUUCACGGAUUUAGCAGGCAAACUAACUCGAAUAAGAGCGACUAUCCGGGUGUUCUCGAUCCGUUAACGACCGCGUUCACAACUACGAGUGGUACGACCCGUCAAUCUACUCGUUCAAAGUCUGAAAUUGUUCCGUCGAAGGUUCUCGUUACUUCCGGAUUACCGAAAACUACGGUUACGACGACUCCGAAGACCGCGACAACGACCACCGUUUUAACCACCUCCGAUCCGGUUACUCAAAUUUUGAAUACGAAAAUUACAACGAAACCCGUCGCCAACAAUCCAGGGGAUAGGAAAAAUUCUACUGCCGUAAACAAAUCAACGUCCAAAAACAACACGCUCAAAGUUAAACUGAAGCAAAAGGUCACCGUUAAAACUACUACUACUACUACUACUACUGCUUCCUCUACUACCAGACCAACGAAACCCACCAAGGGUGGCAACAUGACCGCGGAAAGCAUGGCCUUGACAAUGAACAGCCUCGCAGAUCUCGACCGUCCGGAAAAUCUGAAUUUGGAAUUCCAUUCCGGUGAAUCUUACGGUCCGAUUACUUUGGAAUAUUUCAACUACGCCAUGGCCUUGGCAGUUUAUUCGGUUAGAUACCCUGCGGUAUUUUGGUCUUGCAAUAAAGCUCUUGGAACAAUUUUCAGUCUCCAAUUACUCGCCAAUUCAGCGCAGAGCCUUUUAGCUUACGCUGGAAUGUCGGUUUUGUACAAGGUGCAGGUAGUCGGUCCGUUGAAAGUUCUUCCAAUGUUGCGUCACAGGACUAUAUCAACGACGAGUACGAUUUCAACAUUCCUAGGAGAUUCUUACUUCCUGCUCAAUCCCCACGUAACUUUAGCGCUUUUCGCUCUUUCGUCGUUGCUGGUGCUUUGUUCGAGCAUGGUGAUGUACCUUUACGCGCACGGCAGAUUCACCGCUUUCCUGAAUCAAGAACGAGAACGUCGCGUGAUAAUUCUAAAAGAAGGUCGUAACGGUUCCGGAUGGGGAUAUUUUACUCAUUGCGUAGCACUCUGCGUUUUUCUAGCCAUAUCGAUAUGCAGUGCGCCAUUAUUAUACGAUUACACGGUGGUGUACCGCGGUAGUUUGGAUGGCGCUAUACUGGCUUGUAUAAUCGGGACCGUUCUUCACUUAUUUUUAUGGCUGGUUCUGUGGAUAUUUCUGACGAUAAAACAACGUUGGAUAUUCAAAUUGAGAGUAACGAUAGGGAGGGCGACGGUCCGUUCGGCCAGAUCGGUGAAACUUGUGACCGACGUGGAUCUUCUCUCGGCGAGAGACGACGAAGAAGGUACAAACGCGCCGUUGCUGGUCGUCGGAAAUGGAAGGACUUACACAAUCGCCGAUACUUCGCCAAAGAAGGCCAUAAUGAGCGUGAUCCAGAAGGCCGCGAUGGAGAGAAAAGCGAGAACGCAAGGUGCGAACUCCGACUCUGUAGACGGUGAAUCAAACGCGGACGGAGACGAACAGAUUUACUGGUUGAGACCAAAGCUUCGUCCAUCUCCUGCCCAAUCGCCGGCUGACGCCGGCGUUCCUCAAACCGGAGAUAAAAGCUGGCUCAACAAGAAAUUGAAACCGAAAGUCACCUUCAACGACCUGCCCAGUACGUCCGGCGCGCGUAAUAAGGGAAAAACCAGACGAGGUGUCGGUGAUGGUGGACCAGAUGAUGAUGGGGACUACGCAACGUUACGGGAACUCCCAUUAAUUGCGUCGCAUGACCCAGCUGACGAUUCAAACUCGGAGGAAAAUAAGUGGGGAAGAUGGCUGCUACCGCGUACUGGUAGAAGCUAUAAACAAGCGCCAAAAAUUGUCGACUUGUUGGAGUGCGUGAACGACGAUCACGUGACGUACUACGCAAGCGGUAACCGUGACCUUCAACCCUCAGAAGGAGAUCCUUCUCCUCUUUUAACGCCGGAACCUCUUCCCGAUCCCCCACCUUUACCUUUGCCCUUUUCACCUUCGUCUCCGAACCCAACUAACACCCUGCUAACUUCGGAGGUCGUCACCGCGCCACUAAAUACUAACACGCAGAUAAACGUUGGGCAAGCGCCCAGAUGUCUGCGUCGUGCAGAUUCCGGAAUGCCUCACGAAGAGUUGACACCGAGGUCGGAUUUUUCGAAUUCGCCACCGUUGGACGGUAGCAACAAUUCAGCCGGUCACAGCAACACCAGUAGUCACAGCGAAACAUCCAGCGGCGUACAUUCGAACGCAAGUAAUGCAAGUAAUGCCAGUAACGCUAGUCACAUAAGUUCACAAAGACGAGCAACAUCUGUUGACGAUCUAACAGGUGAACCACGUGAAGAACCGCAAUGGAGAAGUUGUUCACUCCAACGCGGUGUUCAACCACCGACAGCAAAAACUGCAUUUUCACCACCGAAUUCCCGGCCUGGUACAAGCAAUUCAUAUUCCCCACAAUAUGUAAAUCACACACCGCUUCUAGGCGGUGUUACCGUGUCCGAAAUAUCCGGUAGCGGUUGCCCGGCCGUAAUUUUAGAAAAUCCGAACGAAGCAACCGUCGUGAUACGUCGUAAAUUAUCGAGGCCAAAAUUGAGCGAGCCUUUGAACCCAAACGAAGAACCGUUCGGAAGAUCAACUAAUAUGAGAAUGACAUCUUUUACCGAGAACAACGAUUUAAGAUCCAUGCAAGCGUCUUCUGCUACGCUUCCUCAUUACCCGACGCAACCUUUGAUAAGUUAUCCACAUUGUUCAACGAUGCCAUUGCCUCACGCAUCUCACAAUAUUUCCAAUGGUAAUAACAAUAACAACAACAACAACGGGGUCGGUGGUUCAACCGGAAGUUGCGGUUCCGUUCCUAGACAUACUACGAUACCUUCGCAUUGUAACAAUGUUAUAACAAAUAACACAACAACGGCGCUUCCAACGGCGCAUACAACAUUACCGUCGCACCAUAAUGGUGUUAGAUUACUUCACGGUGGUCCAAAUCCUUUUGUAAAAAGAUUUCCACCGGUUCAAAUCCACUCGCAACCUUGGAUACUCCCGGGAGGUGGUCAUCAUACGUUUCCUCAGGCGUUACAGGUUGCCGGCAAAUUAUCAACACCUGCUCAAAUUAGACAAACCGAUAGAGACUCCGCUAAUUUUUCUAUGGCUAGUAGCGGGGAUUCCGACACUUGCCUCCCCCAUUAAGCGGAUGAAUGAUAUUAAAAUUCUAAUCCAGUUCACUGGUAAAAUAUAAGCAAAUUAAUAUAAACGUAUACAUCAAUAAAACCAUUAUUGCUAAUAAUAACAAUAUCAAGGAUAAUAAAAAGUAACAAAAUGCAUCCACCUAUAAUAUAAUACGAGUAUACAUACCAUACAAUAAUAUAAUUAUAAUAAAUUAAAAACAUCAUUAAACCUUUCUAAAGCUAUUAUUUCAUUAUGUCUACAGAUUAUCAUUGAGAUUAAUGAAUCACUCAUACGAGGGACGUUAUAGUUCCUCUCUUUUUUUUUAUUAAUUAGGUAGAUUUUCAUUUUUAUAGACCUAAAAUGAAAAAUUUAAAAAUCCAUAACAAAUUUUAUAAGAACAUUAUCAUUAUGAUAAAUAAUUAAAUGAAUGAAUAAAUAGUGGUGAAUAAAAAAAAAGUGUUUUCAUAGUAAUUAUUGUACAUUAUCUAUUUUAUAUGAUAUUUUAAGCUUAUAAUUUCAACUAAUGGAAUUGAUGAUUCGAAUCAUUAUAUUAUACGUAUUGAAAAUUAUAAUUGUAAUAAUAAUUAUUAUUGUGAUUAUCUUC